AUGCAGAUUUUCAUGAAGACCCUGACAGGGAAGACCAUCACUCUCAAGGUUGAACCUUCAGAUACAAUAGAAAAUGUAAAGGCCAAGAUCCAGGAUAAAGAAGGAAUCCCUCCUAACCAGCAAAGACUGAUCUUUGCUGGCAAGCAACUGGAGGAUGGCCAUACUUCGUCUGACUACAACAUUCAAAAGGAGUCCACCAGGGCUUCCCUGGUGGCACUUCGUGGUGGUGCUAAGAAAAGGAAGAAGUCUUACACCACUCCCAAGAAGAACAAGCAUAAGAGAAAGAAGGCUAAGCUGGCUGUCCUGAAAUACUGUAAGGUGGAUGAAAAUGGCAAAAUCAGUAGUCUGCGUCAGGAGUGCCCUUCAGAUGAAUGCGGUGCUGGAGUUUCCACGGCCAGCCACUUUGACAGACACUAUUGUGGCAAAUGUUGCACGGAACUAUUAGCACGGAACUAUUAG